UGAGAAAGCUUUUCUUACAUGGCUGCUCCCUGUGUGAACACAGAGCUGUAGUACCCUCUGUGAAAGCAGAUCUGCUUAGAUUUUAGGAGCAGCAGUGUGCCCUAAUUACCUGAUCCACACCUUGUUGAUAAAGUUGGAUUUAAUCUGCAGUGGAUCUUUUUUGCAUCAAUUACAAGUAAGCAGCUAGAAGCAGAGGAGGCAUCGUUCUUGCUUUGUGGAUGAUGGCGCUACUACAGAAGAUAUGGCUUGGCGGAAAGUUAAUUAAGUUGGCAAAUGGAUUUCCAGGAAUUGUAAGAAAAGGCUGUUUCAGCUCUCAAGCUAAAGCUGUUCAGAAGUAUGUUCCUCGCAGAGCAGUGCUAUAUAUACCUGGUAACGAUGAAAGAAAAAUACAGAAAAUCACAACCCUCAAUGUUGACUGUGCUGUGUUAGACUGUGAAGAUGGAGUAGCCAUCAACAAAAAGGUAGAAGCAAGAUAUACCAUAGUUAAAGCUCUUGAAGAACAUGACCUGGGUACUACAGAAAAGUGUGUUAGGAUCAACUCGGUGUCCAGUAACCUUGCAGAAGAUGACCUGGAAGUCAUACUUCAGUCCAAAGUCUUGCCUUCUUGCCUAAUGUUGCCAAAGGUUGAAACUGCAGAUGAAGUGAAAUGGUUUACAGAUAAGUUCCUACACUUCAUAAAAGACAGGAAGCUGAUGCAACCUAUUUACCUAAUUACGUUUGUGGAAACUGCUGUGGGCUUGCUCAACUUCAAGGAAGUUUGUGAAGAAGCUUUACUAAGAGGUGCGAAAGUUGGUCUACAGCUGGAUGGAGUUGUCUUUGGAGCAGAGGAUUUUCGUGCAAGCAUAGGUGCUACAAGUAGCAAAGAUACUCAUGACCUGCUCUACGCCAGACAGAAAAUUGUUGUUAUAGCAAAGGCUUUUGGACUGCAAGCCAUUGAUCUGGUUUAUAUUGACUACAAAGAUGGAGAGGGGCUUUUGCAGCAGUCGAGAGAAGGAGCCCUGAUGGGAUUCACUGGUAAGCAGGUGAUUCAUCCGAGCCAGAUUCCUAUUGUCCAGGAACAGUUUACUCCAAGCACUGACAAAAUAAAAUGGGCCCAUGAAUUGAUUUCUGCUUUUCAAGAGCACCAAAGAUUAGGAAAGGGAGCAUUCACUUUCCAUGGAAGCAUGAUAGACAUGCCCUUGCUGAAGCAAGCCCAGAACAUCGUUACGCUUGCCAGAGCCAUCAAGAAGGAAUCAUCUGUUAAAUGAAGCUCCCAACGGGUGGCCAGACUAUACAGCACUUGCCUUAACCCCUUAGCUACCAACGCUUUGUGACCUCUAUUGCUGUCAAGGGGUUAAUGGUACAAGGAAGAUUUGACAAUGCCCUCUGAAACCAGAGAUGUUAUUCACAACACAAUCAUUCAUUUAUUUGCUGUAACAUUAAAGUAUAUGACAAAUCCA